AUGAAUCUGGCCGUCCUAGACCUUGGCUCCAUCUCUGUCCCCAUCCCCAAAUCCAUGGCCAAUUCCCUCAGGAACACCACGUUGACUUCCUAUGCUGGAUGCGUUGCCCAAGUCUUUUUCCUCCUCUUCUUGGAGCCAGAGGAUUUUUGCCUUCUCACCAUCAUGGCGUACAACCGAUACGUCGCCAUCUGCCAACCACUCCUCUGCGAGAGAGUGAUAAACAGGGGAGCUCGUGUCCGAACGGCAGCCGGUGCCUGGAUCAGUGGGCUUCUCUACUGCAUGCUACACACUGGGAACACGUUUGCAUUAACCUUCUGUGGCGGCAACAUGGUGGAUCAGUUCUUCUGUGAAAUCCCCCAGCUGCUCAAGCUGACCUGCGCUGAUUCCUAUCUGUGCGAAUUUGGGAUUCAAAUCUUCACCAUGGUGCUGAGAAUCCCCUCUGUGCAGGGCCAGUAUAAAGCCUUCUCCACCUGCCUGCCUCACCUCACUGUGGUCUUCUUGGUUGUUUACACUGGUGUCUUUGCCUACCUGAAACCCACCUCCAACUCUCCAUCAGGUCUGGAUUUUGUGGUGGCUGUUCUCUAUUCCUUAUUGCAGCCCAUCAUGAAUCCAUAA